AUGUCGGAGGGGAGUAGUAGAUCACGAUUGGGCUCUGAUACUACGAAAACUUAUAUGAAGUCCAACAAGCAAGAGAAGGCAAAAAGAUUGAAAUGGGUUGAUGAAGGAUUUGAAAUGCUGGUAUUUACUGACAACCUCCUUCAACAAAAUGGUGGGACAGUGGAAAAUCUUCAAAAGGAACUUGCCUGUGCAGAUAUUUUGCUGAUCGUUGCUGUUACAAAGCAAGAUUCAGUCAAGUGGGUUCAGGCUAACAGCCAAAACGUCCCAAACAUAAUCUGCUUUGAUUCCUCUCCCAUAGCAACAAACAAACUCGGAGGAACAUACAUCCAAAGGGAAACCAAAGAGAGCAUAUUCAGCAAAGUAGCUCAAAUUUCUCAAUCAAAGAAAGUAAAUGAAUCAGUGGAAGUUGUCAAAACUGUUUCGGAGGCCUGGGACAGGCAUAAUUCUGAUGACUUAAGGUUCUGUUUGUUGGUUUUAAUCAAUGCUUAUAUAAGGCCUGUUCCAAUCCUACAGAAUUUGAGAGCAAAAGGUUUCUCUACCCUGAACUGCAUGGUAAAAAACUGUGGACCUCAGGUACUGAACUGUCUGUUGGAUCCUAACUGCCGGAAAGCUCUUCAAUGCUUAAAUCAGUGCAGCCCAGUUGAUCAGGUAUGCAAUUAUCGAUGUAUUGUGUCAUAUGAAAGUCCAAAGCUUGAAGAAUUUUCUUUGUGUGUAUUGCAAAAGAACAAUUGUCUUGCGUUGGAUGCAAAGAUCCCUGAAAAACCUUAUGUGCCUCCGAUGACCAAGUUCCGAGGGAAAGACAUCUGUCAUGCGACUGCUGAGGACCUUUUGGUGGGUUGGUUGGGGAGUUUGGAUUGGAGUUGGUGUGUCGUAGCAGGGCAGAAUCCAGCUUAUGAUCAGUUUCCAUGUCAGUACCAGCUAUUCUAUAGGGGCAAGGCAAGAGGAUCAUUCUGGUACGAGCCAGUUUUUCAGGUUAGGACACUAGAAGGGAAGUUGGUUUGGAGGCGGCGAAAAUAUCGAGUAAAAAGAGGCAAAGCUCCAGGAACGUUUUACUUCAGUGUCUUGGAUAAUGGGGUGGUCUCAAAUGAGUUCUGGACAAUUGUUGAGGUUUCUGAUGAUUUUAGCUGGGGUUUGUUUCAUUACAGUGGAGCUGCACGAGUUGCAGGACAGUCUUAUACUGGGGCCGUGCUUGUUAGCCCAAAUGGCGAGUACCCAAAUGAGAGUGAGAGGCCAAGUUUACACUAUGCGUUGGAUAGAUGUGGUAUCAAAGAAUGGGAGCUAUUUACUGUUGAUAAUUGCUCAUGUCAAGAUCCACCAUUGGGGCUUCCAGAGGGUUCAACUUUGCAUUCGGAGAUUAAAGUUCAAGAUGAGAAAUGGUCUUCGGUUUAA